GCAACUAACAGAAACCCAAUCUCUUGUUUCAACCCUCAGCUGAAACACAACACAACACACACAACAUAUCUCUCAACAAAACAACAACACAAAUACACAAACUCAAACAUCACGAAUCCAAAACUCACCGCCGCCUCCGCCGCAGCGCCGGAGCAUCAUUCCCGAGGUUGUUUGGAGAUAAAGUGCUCCUUUCAGCUAAAAGUUCUUGUGCUCCUCUUUGUCUCUCUUUCAUCUUUCAUAGCCACUCCUACCUUCUACGGGAAUCUACAAAAGGCUAUCCAUUUCAUCCUCUAUGACGUUUACAUGUUUGAGCAAAGGUGGGGGCUUUCACUUCCCACCAUGUCACAUGCUGAAUUUUUGUGGCAUUAGAAUCUUAUUAGAUUGCCCACUAGACCUUUCUUCUCUCAUGGUGUUUUCUCCUGUCCCUACUGCUUUUGAUUUCUUGCCAUCCGAAGAAAGCAGCAACACUGUGGCCAGUGGUUUUUUUGAUUCAAGAGUUGGGUCUGGGAAAAGACAUAAAAUUGAAAAGCUCCUUGAUGCUAAAAGCUUACUUUUUGCUGAACCUUGGUACAAGACUGUUAAUAACUUGCACUUGUGGAAUUCUUCUUUCAUUGAUAUCGUAUUAAUCUCCAGUCCAAUGGGUAUUCUGGGAUUGCCUUUUCUUACUCGAAUGAAGGGUUUCUCAGCUAAGCUUAAUGUUUUGUUCAAUUGUUUGAUAUAUAUAACGGAAGCAUCAGCAAGAUUAGGCCAGCUAAUGAUGGAGGAUCUUGUAUCAAUGCAUGUGGAAUUCAGUCAGUUUUAUGGACCAGAGGAAUCAAAUUUCCCUGCAUGGCUGAGGCAGGAAGAGCUUGAAAUCCUUCCUUCUGAAUUGAGCGAGAUAAUAUUGGGAGAAGAUGGAGUGGAGUUGGGUGGUUGGAUGCCAUUGUACAGUGCAGCUGAUGUGAAGGAUUGCAUGCUAAAGAUUCACAAGCUUAAUUAUGCUGAGGAAGCUUGCUACAAUGGUACAUUGGUUAUAAAAGCAUUCAGCUCCGGUACGGAAAUAGGAAGUUGUAAUUGGAUUCUAAAUAGUCCGAAGGGAGAUAUUGCUUAUCUUUCGGGAUCCAACAUCAUUUCUGCACAUGCAAUGCCUUUUGAUUACCGCAGUUUACAGGGGACUUGUGCAUUAAUUUAUUCAGACUUCUUAUCCUUUACUGAUACUCAAGAUGGCGAGGAUGGGGAUAGUAACUCUGUUCUAACUGCUGAUAAGUUAUUACCUAUGAGUUCUCAAGAUUUGGCUGGAUUCAACCAUAACUUUGACGAAAAUUCAGAAGAAAAGAAAAAGCUGGUUUUCAUAUGCUCAUGUGCAAUAGACUGUAUCAAUGAAGGUGGUUCAGUUCUUAUUCCUAUAGACCGACUUGGAACUGUUUUGCUUCUUUUGGAGAAAAUGACAACAUUACUUGAAGCUUCAGAUAUGAAGGUUCCAAUUUAUAUAAUUUCUUCUGUGGCUAAAGAGUUACUGGCAUUGCUUAACAUCAUACCUGAGUGGCUUUGCAAACAACGUCAAGAAAGGUUAUUUGCUGGGGAACCAUUGUUUGCACACGUCAAGCUCCUAAAAGAGAGAAAGAUUCAUGUGGUUCCUGCUACUCAUUCACAUGAACUCUUAGUUAAUUGGCAGGAACCUUGCAUUGUAUUCUGUCCUCUCUGGAGUUUGCGUAUGGGUCCUAUUGUUCAUUUGCUUCGUCGAUGGUGUGGUGAUCCAAAAUCUUUACUUAUUAUUGAGGGUGUUUUGAAUCUUGAGCUAGCACUUUUACCUUUCAAUCCAGUUGCAAUGAAGGUUUGUCAAUGUCUGUUUCCCUCUGGAAUAGGGUUGCAGAAAGUUAAACCUUUACUAGAGACAUUGCAGCCAAAGACAGUUCUGUGUCCUGAGGAGUUGAGACCGCAGAUCAACUUGUCAAGUGAAAAGUCUUUCUCUGUUUUAUAUUAUACCGAAGCUGAAACUUUAAAAGUACCAUACCGAAAAGGCAGUUCAGAGUUAAAAAUUGCAACUGAUUUGGCUUCCCAGUUUUAUUGGAAAAGAUUCAAAAAGGAAGAAAUCGAUGUAAAAAAAUUGAAGGGAGAGCUAUUGAUGGAAAAUGGUAGGCAUCACUUGGUAUUGGAUAAUGAUAACAAAAACUCCUUGAGUAAUAGGUCUUUGGUACAUGGGGGUUAACCCGAUUUAGAAAAACUCAUGGCUGCAUUAUCAAAGAUGGGAAUCAGUGGAGUUAUCGAACAUGAUACGAGUGGUGAUGCUAAAUCACAAUCUUUGUGUAUUAUUCACAUUCAGGACCCUUACAAAGCCUCAAUAGAGAUUGGAGCCACGAGUGCAAAUAUCACUACUGCUGAUGAGAAUGAGGCUUCCUUCAUUUAUAAAAUUGUGGACGAUAUUUUGGAUGGGGUUUGAUGUAAUGGGUUUCUGGUUUGUAAAAUGCCUGUAUCAGAAUAUAUUAUUUAUAGUUUAUAUGUUAUUAGCUCAAUUAUCUAUAUC